AUGGGCAGCACAGAGCCCACGACGCCACACGAGGAGCAUCAAUAUCUCUCCCUCGUCCGCCGUGUCAUAGACAUAGGCGAAGUUCGCCCAGAUCGCACUGGCACGGGCACCCUCUCUAUCUUUGCACCCCCCUCUUUCCGUUUCUCUCUCGCAGAUAGCACGCUCCCGCUCCUCACAACAAAACGCACGUUCCUACGCGCCAUCGUAGAAGAACUUCUCUGGUUUAUCCGAGGCAGCACGGACGCCCGAGUGCUCUCGCAGAAGGGCAUCAAAAUAUGGGACGGAAACGGAAGCAAAGAAUUUCUUGAGAAGCGCGGUUUGGGACACAGACGGGAGGGUGAUCUUGGCCCCGUGUAUGGGUUUCAAUGGAGACAUUUUGGCGCAAACUACGUCGAUUGUGACACAGACUACACCGAUCAGGGCGUCGAUCAGCUGAAGGAGUGUAUUAGGAAGAUCAGAGACGAUCCAACUGAUCGACGAAUAAUCUUGAGCGCAUGGAAUCCAGCAGCUAUGCCGCUCAUGGCCCUUCCACCAUGCCAUAUGAUGUGCCAAUUCUACGUGCAUCUCCCCGUUACACCCGAUGCUCCUAAACGCCUAUCAUGUCUUAUGUACCAACGCUCAGCCGACCUUGGGCUCGGCAUCCCUUUCAACAUCGCGUCUUACGCGCUCCUAACGCAUAUGGUUGCGCACGUUACGGGGACCAUACCCCACGAGCUUAUCAUCCAACUUGGAGAUGCACAUGUUUACCGCGACCAUGUUGAUGCCCUCGAAAUACAACUCAAACGCGAACCAAGAUCAUUUCCAAAAGUUAAAUUCAGAAGGGACAUAACUGACAUUGACGGAUUCGAUUCGGAAGACAUUGUGGUUGAAGGGUACGAUCCUCACCCAACGAUAGCGAUGAAGAUGAGUGUGUAG